GCCAAGGCACCAUGGCACUAACGCACUUCCUCCGGGGUAGCGGCAGGUAGUGAGAAUGACGUCCGUUUCCCAGUGGCUCUCGCCAUUAAUCCGUCAGGCAUUCCCUUCUCCUCGUCCUGCACUGCCAUCUAUCAUACAGUACACCCCGGAAAGAUGGCCAGGAGCCGCGCCCGUUCUCGGACUGGCUGCAAGACGUGUCGGAUCCGCCGCGUAAAGUGUGAUGAGACACGACCUGUCUGCACGCGAUGUUUGUCCACGGGAAGGAAAUGCGACGGAUAUGACGUGUGCGCUGUUCAGCUCGAUCACAAGCGUGUGUUGCUGCCCAGGAUAUCUUCGUCCCCAAUAACAACCCCGUCGACGGCGUUAGUGUGUUCUCCGCGUCUCACCCCGGCCGAAGAGCAGGGAUUUGUCUUUUUCUGUGAGUACACGAGCCGCGAAGCAGGGGGGUCAUCCGUGUCGGCCUUCUGGCAGCAGCUUGUGCUACAACUAGCCCAUCAAGAAGCCGCGGUGCUGCAUGCGGCCAUCGGCGUGGGAGCCAUGCACCGCAGCACGCGCGGUCAAAGCCCGUCGCUGCGACUGCAGGGGCAGAUGGAGUCACACCAUACUCUCGGUCUUGCGCAGUACAUAAAAGCAAUCCGUCAUCUCCGAGGGCGACUAGAACACUCUGCGAGUCAUCGGCAAAACCCAGAAAUCGCGCUUGUUGUAUGCCUUCUGUUUAUCUAUUUGGAGAUGCUCCAGCGGAACCGACUUGGGGCGUUGGUGCAUCUGCAAAACGGCCUCCGCGUUUUGACAGGCAUCCCCGGCCAGGUUCGUCGAGUCAGUGACAGUGAGCAUCAAUGCCUCCUCGUCACUCGAGAACAGCCAACCGGGGUGGAGCACCUGACCGAGAUCUUUGCGCGACUAGACAUUGAUUCAACGUCUUUUGGCCAGCAAGCCCCGGUGUUCCAGAUAGUGUCCGCUCAGGACGGCAUUGGACCGGAAGCUCUGUUACCGGUCACCUUUCGAGACGCCCAAGAAGCCCGACACCUUCUAGACCGUCUCAAGAGCGCCGCACACCACAUUCGCGGGAGAUUGCUGGACCUCAGUCGGGAAUCGUGUCAACAACGCCAGCCAGAUGCAGCCCUACAGUGCUGCGUAGAGUUUGCCGGUAUCAGGAAGCUCAAGCCGUUUCGAGACCCGUCCUUGUUUGCGAAUUUAAAGAAAGUUGAAACCGAUUUGCUCCACUGGUUGGCCAUUUUCCACCAACUCAAUCUAGCAACCCCGAUACGAGAAGGAUCCCCAGGUCCCCCGUCUCAUGUUUUGCUCGAGCUCCAAUGCCAUGCCGCAUUCCUUCAACUCGCCACCUGCCACAAUGAUCGGGAGGCCUCCUGCGAUCAGUUUAAUCCCACAUUCCAACGAAUCGUCGAUCUCUGCCGCAGGUUCAUCGGUGACACAGCUCGUUCACCUGCCAACUCGCCAAAGCCUUCCGGCUCCACCUUUAUGCUCGAGCCUGGCUUGAUCCCGGCACUCUAUCUCACGGCCUUAAAGUGUCGCCAGUCUGAUAUCCGACAGGAAGCCAUCUCGCUUUUGUACCAGUAUCCCUGCCAAGAGGGCAUGUGGGAGCCAGCCCUCAUGGCUCAAUUUGUCCAAGGGGUCAGCGGGCUGGAGGAAGAGGCAGUGAGGUCUGCUAUGGGGGCGGCGGCUGCGACUGAGAUAGGAUGUGAGGACGUGGUGGAGACGGCUCGAUUCUGCGAUGUCGUCCUGGCGGUGACGGAGCAAACUGGGCAAGGGAGAUUGGUUUGCGCACGAUAUCGGCAUGAGACGACAAGGGAGCUGGAGAUCACCGAUCACUUUAUCACAAUUGACUUAGUGUGACCAUGGUGCCACCUAUUGAUUGAGUUCAGAUGUGGUGACGAUAGAUCUACGCCGGUGGCGCGCUUGACACACGGCUCCGAAUACGACGCCGGGUUUAGCGUCGCCGGAGCAUGGGUUGGGCCUUCGGAUGCAGUCAAUGCAUAUUCACGUCGAUGUCACCCGGUCAGCAUCCUCUUAACAUGGUACGCUGGACCUCCAACGAAUAUGGAGUUGCAGGGAUCGAAUGGCGCCUC